AGCAUACAUCUAGUAGUGAUUUGUCAAUAAUUACACGAAGUGAGCAAAAUGAGUGGUCCAGAGGCUGUUCAGAGACAGAAGGCUCUCCAUCGGUACAUAGCAGCUUGGGAUUUUGUGCCUACAGAGGAAGAUGAGCUGAAGUUGACGAGGGGUGAUAUUCUACUGGUAGCAGAUGAAUUUGAUGAUGGCUGGAUGAGAGGCAUUCGUCUCAUUGACCUAGAGAUCGGAUUCUUUCCUACCAGUUUUGUGAUUCAAGACACUUCCCCAGUCUACAAACUCAAAGAAAUCAAGCUUUCAACAGAACACUACAUUAGCGACCCAAAGUUCAUUGAGUACGACUCCUCAAAAAGAUCUAAAAUUGCACUGGAAAUAUUCACUUCAGAGGAAGCUUACCUCAACAAACUCAAGUCACUCAAUGAGACUUUCAUCGUGCCCCUGGCAGACAACCCCAAUGUCAUUAGUCCUGAGUACUAUGGUCCCAUCUUCUCAAACAUUCAGCCUCUCGUCUCACUGUCCAGUAGCCUGGUGACCCAGCUUAAGUCACGCAUGGCCGCCUGGGACGAACGGUUCACUCUAAUUGGAGACAUAUUCAUGCACAUGGGUCAUCACUUGAAACUGUUUGUGACAUACGCUGUUCAACACACGCUAGGAAGCCAGAUGUUAACCAAACUCAUGGGACAGGAGAAGUUCAAGAGCUGGUUGGAGAAAACUGAGAUAGAUCUUCAGAGAACAUUGAACUCUCUUUUACUGGAGCCCAUACAGCGAGUGCCAAGAUACGAGUUGCUAUUGAAGGACCUGCUGAAGCAUACACCUGAGGAGCAUCCUGACUACUCUACACUGAAGGAGGCACUCAACUUCGUACAAAAGAUAGCAAUAGACUGCAAUGAGAACAUUCGUCGUGCCGAGAAUGAGUUCAAACUGUUCACCAUCACUAAGAGAUUCCCCCACGAUGACGUGGAACUGGUGACAGUCAAGAACAACAUCAGGCACAGAGACAAAACAAAUAGGACAGAUAAUGGACUAGUUCGGAGAAAGCCAAAGAGGCAAUCAGUGGAAUGUAUCAACGAAGAGAACACACUGUCUGCUCGCUCGUUCUUUGAGUCUGAACAUCAUCGAGUUUUUAUCAAAGAAGGGACAGCCCUCAAAGCCAAGACAGACUUCUCCGAUCCAUCCGAACGCUACCUCUUCAUGUGCAGUGAUGUCAUUCUCAUAUCACAGCCUAGCAGUCGCAGUCGCAAGACAUUUCGACUGAAGGAGAGAGUGAUGUUGGUCCAUGCCUGGGUCACUGACACUGCUAGUAUCAUGACCACCAAUGGAGGGAAAGUCCCCGAGCGGGGGUUCAUUUUAGGUACACCACGGAGGAUCUACCACUUCCUAGCCGCCAAUGUGGGGGAGAAGAACAGCUGGUUCCAAGAGCUACAGACACACAUUUUUAAGCAAAAGAGGCUCUUUAAUCGGCUACUCUCUCAUUUGAGCAUCCCUGACGAGACCUAUCACAGUCUAAAGGUCAAGUCUAAAGUCGGUUAUCUAGGGAUGCUGCAAGAUGAGCUGAGUUUCAAGGCUGGAGAUGAAGUGUCUGUUAUCGGAUUCCAGAACGGAACUGGAAAGUGGAGACCUGGUCUCUAUUCUCAUGAGCCGUUCGAUCCCUCCACUGAAUGGUACUUUGGAGUUCUAAAUGGCAAUUUCGGAUGGUUCCCAAUCCAGUGUGCCAAUGGUGUGGAGAACAUCUCAAAACAGAACCUAGAGCCACUUUCACAGGAGUUGGAGCAGACACCAAUGUGCACUGUGCUGGGCCUCAAACAGAGAAUGCUCGAACUGACUGGAAGAGAAGUGCUUCCGCUGAUGGAGAAUGAGAGAGUGGUUAAAGUGUUUGUGGGAGAGGGAAAUUUCAAGACAUUGCGGAUACCACCACAGUGCACAGUGGAUGAUAUUGUAAGAAUGUACUUCAAGGUGAAGCCAGACAGCCAGCUGGCCUGGAAUCUGAUCGAACAGUCAAUUGACAAUACGGUCCACCGACCACUUGAUGUCACCGAGGAUCCCAGCGAGGUCAUCGACUUCUGGGGCAAAAGCAAGGAUCAAAUGAGGUUCUUACUGAAGCAAAGCAUCAUCAGCCAUGGUAUUGGAGAGUCAGAAGCUUAAUUAUUGUCCCUCAAUUUUGUCAAUUAUUUAUUUGUGUUCGACCUUUUUAACCAGCCAAUUUAAAAUUUAACCUGAACGAACUAUAUAGUUCAUGCAUCAAAAACAAUAAUUAUAUACAUCAAAGGUUCUACUUAAACUUGUAUCACUGUCACGGUGUUUUACUGUAAGAAAUCAUUAUUGAUAAUUAUAAACGUUAUUAAACUGGAGAA